UUUCCUCUCCUUGCUGGAGCCAAGCCCUCACUCCUCACCCGGCGUCCCGCCUUAUUAACCCCCCCUUCCUCCUCCUCAGGCAGUGGCGGCUCGUCACUUCCAACCUCGGGCCGGGGGGGAGGAGGUGACAUGGCCUCUUCCCUCCCGAACGCGCCUGAAACGGAGCGGGGCGCUCAAGAGCCGCCUCCGCCGCGCCAAAAAGGAGCUGAGAGCGAGCGAGCGGCCGUCCGUCAUGGCGGCGUCCCGGCUGCCCCCGGCGACGCUGACCCUGAAGCAGUUCUUCAGAAGGCAGCAGGUUCUUCAGUUGUAUAGAAACAUCCUAAAGACCAUUCGGCAGGUACCUAAUGAAGCUGACCGUCGUUAUUUGAAACACUGGGCAAGGGAUGAAUUCAAGAGAAAUAAAGAUGCUACAGAUGAGGCUGCAGUUAGGAUGAUGAUCACUCAGGGCAACUUACAGCUUCAAGAGCUUGAAAGAACAUUAAAGCUGGCAAAAUCCUAGCCUUAAAUUA